GAGCUAAACCCUUAUUUUCUGGUCACGCCUCUACCGUUGCUGGCGUCGGGUCGGGGGGUCGGGAACAAGGCGCUCGCCAGUCGCGACAUGGAGGCGACUUCCUGACGGCGGCGUUCCUAAUCGUUCAACAUGGCCGAUGGCGUAUAUCACUCCCCGCAGUUCUCUGAGAAUGCCGCUUGGCUCCCCGCAUGGCUUCAGCCAGAUUCAAACGACAGUCAUGAUAAUGAAAAGAGCAAUUCGUUGCUGCGCAGUGAGGAUUUGGUAUAUCCUCAAGAUGUUACAAUCAUUAGAAAGAACACCCAACCAUUUGGGGAACAUGCAAGAUAUGCAGAUUGCCUUUUACAUUUGUCUGGGGAUGAUGAGACUCCUGGAGGAUGUACUUCUGAAACACGGCUUCAUUUUCCUAUGUAUCUUUCCUCAUCUGGCAUUCCAGAUACCACUUCAAUUCAAUUAAAUGAAGCAAAUCAAGAUGGAAAGGAAAAAAUUUUAGUGCCAGUGUGGGAAGCUAACCCAGAAAUUGCAGUUAUACAAGGUGGAUCCAGUGGCCAGCCUCAAGCUGAGACUGGAGAAGCAGGGCAAAAUGUGUCACGGGUUGGCUGCACACUUGGUAUGCCUGAGAAUAUAAUUGGAAUACCAUUCAGCAAAAGUGACCAGGAAUAUUUGCCGGGAUGGAAGGGGAUUCGGGAGGUUCACAAGCUCGGGAAGGAUGAUGCACAUGAUACAGUCGAACUUUGUGUAGCUGCCUCAGAAGCAAUGGCAAUCUCAGAUGCCAUUAGCAGUGGUCCAUUUGAAAAUUUAACUGCUACAACUGUACUAGAAAUAGUUCUUCGUAUGAAAGAAAUGCGAAAAGCUUGUGACUUAGUUGUAGAGACUUGUCCAGCAUCAGUUGAUGAAGUUGAUGAGCUUGAUAACUUAUUUGAUAUUGAUGAACAAAUUAUGGAAUAUGCAUAUAAUGAUGUAGGCAUUUCUAUUGCUCACAUAGCUGAAUCUCCUAGGAAUAUGUGUAGUGUAAGAGAUUCUUCUCUGAAUAUAAGUGAUUCAAUUAUUGAAAGACACCAUCUGCAACCCAAUUCCUUGAGUGACACAAAUACAUACGUCUCAGAAACACUUUUUCAGUGUAUUAGAAAAGCAGAAAAACAGGAAUUUGAGGAUCAAGAGCCUGAUAAAAAUGAUAUAACAGUAAAAAAAUAUGAUUAUUCUGCUGCUGAUCCAAACACAUCUUCAGUAGUUUCAACCACAAAAAAAACAAGGUGCCUCCAAUCAUCUGGCCUGGCAGAUCAGCAUGGCCAGUCUAUAACUCAAAAACAAGUAGACAAGAAUCUAGAUGAUACGGCUAAAAAUAGGAAAGGUUCAGAGCAUGGGGAGAUUCUUCUGGAUGGUAACUUCUCCAGGAAAGUCAAAGCAUUUUCAAGAAAACACAUGAAAAAAUCACUUAAUUGGGAGACCAGCUACAUUUCUGAAUCAGAAGAUGGUAUGGAUGAGAACCAACAGGAACAGAUGGAGCAACUGAGAAAUGAGAUAAUUUCAUCUUCAAGCACGCCACUUCAAGUAUCUACUUCUGUUUGCAAAGGAAAAGUGCAUGAUUGGGAAGGAAUUAUCUCUUCACAUGAUCUAGUGCAGUCAUCCCACUUAUCAUUAGUGGAUCCAUUUAGUUCCUUUGUUCCGUGCAGUAUUGUAUCAAAUGAUGUUUCAAAACUUGAUGAUUGCAAUAAAGAAAUUGUUGGAGGGGAUAGUACAUCAUCUAAAGAAAGGUUCACUGGUGAAAUAUCUUCUAGUGGAAGGGUCACACUAUCACACUGUAAAGAGACUUUUCUGUCUUAUCAUUUAUCAGAGGAUGAAGAAUGUGAUCUUCCCAAGUUUAGUUUUUCCAACAAAAGAGUUUGCAAGCCACACAACAUUCUUAUGCCGUGCUUGACCUCUCCAAAGAAUAACAUAUUACCUAAUAAACAAAUUCAAUUGCAUACAGUUUCUGGAAAAAAAUCAGAGUUACCUUUUGCUGAACGAGAUGGUCCAAGGCAUAGUUAUAUUAUUGGAAGUAAGGAUCAGCAAGAUCUUAGACUCUCUCCUGUACUAGAGACUGAAUUUGAUAAGUUGGCAGCCAAUGAUAAGAAUGAGAAAAUAUUUGUUGAUAUUAAGAAACGUCGCUAUCAAGCUUGUCCAAAUGAUGAUGAUAAAAGUGACAAGAGAUGUUCAUUAUUGGAAAUGACCAAACAUCAAAGUUCUGCUAAGCGAGUUCAUUUUCUGGAUGCAAUAUGUAUGGACCAGAGUCAUGACUUAGAUCACAAAAUCAAUACCAGAUCCAAAUUGACUAACAAGUUUGAAGCUAGCAAGAAGAAUCACAAAAGUGGCACAAGUUGCAUAAGAGUUCCGAAAGAAAGAAUAUUGCAUGGGCUAGAAUUUUUAUUGACUGGAUUUCCUACUGAAAAGGAAAAAGAACUUGAGGCUUUGAUCUUUCUACAUGGAGGUUAUACUCUGGGAAAUGUACCAAGGGAAACACUAAGUUUAAGAAGAAAGUUGAAAGAGGACUUUAUAAUCAGGAUGCCUCCCAUUAUUCUCUCUCCAAAGAAGGUGAAAACAACAAAAUUUUUGUAUGGAUGCGCUAUCAAUACUUGGACCCUAGAAUCUAAAUGGCUUUUUGAUUCAGUUCAUUCUGGCUUCAUAUUGCCACCUUGGAAGUAUAUGACUCGACCCAUUCAAAUCACUCCAAGACAACUGAGGGUCAAAGAUCUACUCUGCAUCAAAAACAACUUCUUCAUCUUUAAGCAGCUGCAUGUAAUGCUUGAUGGAAAACUCAAUUUCUGCAGUAAAUUUUCCAGAAUCAUAAAGCAUGGUGGUGGUCGAGUAUUCAGCACUUUAUGCCAACUUACUGAAAGUUUAAAGGUUAAAGAAAAUACAAUAGGAGUUGUACUUGUCGAGAAUGGAGCUGGUGUUUCCCGUCAUCUAAAGCACUGUCUGUCUGAGUAUGAAAUAAAUGUAGUGCCAGUAAGCUGGAUCAUAAACUGCUUGUUUUCUGGUAAGCUGCUUCCUCUCAAGAAGCAUCACCAUGCUCCAUUCCAAAGAAUUAAAGUGCCAAAGUGCCCCGUGGACAUGAGCCAAGAGAUAUAGAAGUCAGUUCGCAAUUGAACUAUCUUGAUUUCUCUCCAACGAUUGGUUCUUAAUUUGAAUGACUUUCAAAUUUGCAUUUGAAACCUCGGCUGGGUUGAAGAACUUUGAACGGCGAAGAAAGUUUUGAGUAUUCCAUUUUUUUUCAGUUGAGCUUCAAAACAUCUCAUUGGAUCUAGUUCUUCAAUUGUAAUUUGUAUCCGUCAGAAUAAAAUAUCUUGCAUGUUACGGCCUUUGAUUUAACAAAGAUUCAUGUAGAAUUAAUGGGCAAUUGAGACUAGUUGUUCACUCCUA